UUAAGAACCCGAGCCGCCUGAAACGAAGAAGAACGCUUCUUUGAGUAACGUCGCGUUUCCGUUCGACGUUUACAUGAAUGUACAGGCUUUCACGUAACGAAGGCUCAAAUGGCAACAGAAAAUGAAGAGAACGGCACGGAAAUGCAAACCGAGGUGGACACGUCCUCUUAUUCGCUAGCUCGCUGUAAGCUGGAGAACCUCCUGAAUAAGAGCAUGAGGAUCCGGAUGACCGACGGGAGAACACUGGUGGGGCUCUUCCUGUGCACUGACAGGGACUGCAACGUCAUCCUGGGGUCCGCACAGGAGUUCCUCAAAUCUACAGAUUCUUUCUCACAAGGUGAGCCCAGAGUGCUGGGGCUGGCGAUGAUCCCUGGUCAUCAUGUUGUUUCUAUAGAAGUUGAAUCUGAAAGCCUUCAGACCACUACCCAUGGACUUUGACAACUUUAGAGACUUCUGGAUCACCAUAUGGACUACAGAGAAUGUAGUUUACAUGAACACACACACACACACACAAAUAUAGAGAUGGUAAUGAAGAUCCAUUAGAGCUGGAGUUAUUUACCCAAAUGGUAUUUUCCUCAUUUGUAAUUCCAUACACAGUGGAUUAUUGUUCAAAGAAGAAUAACAACAUGACUGUGCAUUUUUUGUUUGUUUGUUUGUAAACACAUUUUGUAAAUAUUGUUCUUUUUCAGUAAGAGAUGUUUGUCUCCUCUUUGCUCCACUAGUUGUCCCUCUUAACCUCGAUGCUGAAGUUGAGUAAACUGGGGUGCUAAAUACAUUCAUAUGUUUCGGUAUAGUACAUUUAUUUAAAUAGGCAAAUGACCCUUAUAAAAAAGAAUAAAACAACCUAAGAUGUUUCA